AUGUUCGGGAAACCAGACAAAAUGGACGUUCGGUGCCACUCGGACGCCGAGGCUGCCCGGGCCUCGAAGAACGCGCACAAGGACGGCCACGGCCGGGAGAGCAAGGGCGCCGACGGGAGCCUCCCCGCCGCCUUCCUCAAGGAGCCGCAGGGCGCCUUCGCCUCGAGCGCCGCCGAAGACUGUAACAAAAGUAAAGCGGGCGCCGCCGGCGACCCUGACUACUGCCGCCGCAUCCUGGUGCGAGAUGCCAAGGGGUCCAUCCGGGAGAUCAUCCUGCCCAAGGGCCUGGAUCUGGAUCGGCCCAAGCGGACGCGCACGUCCUUCACGGCGGAGCAGCUCUACCGGCUGGAGAUGGAGUUCCAGCGCUGCCAGUACGUGGUGGGCCGCGAGAGGACCGAGCUCGCUCGCCAGCUCAACCUCUCCGAGACCCAGGUGAAGGUCUGGUUCCAGAACCGGCGCACGAAGCAGAAGAAGGACCAGGGCAAGGACUCGGAGCUGCGCUCGGUGGUGUCCGAGACGGCGGCCACGUGCAGCGUGCUGCGGCUGCUCGAGCAGGGCCGCCUCGGCCUCUUCAGCCUGCCUGUGCCCUCGCUGCUCGGCUCCGUCGCCAGCCGCCUGUCGUCCGCCCCGUUGACAAUGGCCGGCUCGCUGGCCGGGAAUUUGCAAGAACUCUCGGCCCGGUACCUGAGCUCUUCGGCCUUCGAGCCUUACUCCCGGACCAACAGUAAAGAAGGGGCCGAGAAAAAGGCGCUGGACUGA